CCAGAUGAUGGCUCUGCUGAUGAAGAAUCAAUGGACUUGAUCCAGAGAUCUGCUUCUUGUCAUUCUGGCUGGUCUGAGUACAACGGUAACUGCUACCACUAUGUUUCCAUGCCCUUGGAUUGGGCUUCAGCUGAGAGCCACUGCAUGUCCAUGGGGGGACACCUGGCAUCAGUUCAUAACCCAAGGGAGUACCAUCAUAUUCAGCAUGUGAUAAGAACAGCAACUUAUGGGUUCAACCGAGCAUGGAUUGGAGGCAGUAAUGCACAGAAGACAAGCAUUUGGCUUUGGAGCGAUGGAAGCUAUUUCCACUACACAAACUGGUGUCCAGGACAGCCUAACAAUUGCAGAGGCACCCAGCACUGUUUGGAGAUGAACUCUUCAGCUGGAAAGUGCUGGGAUGACGUAGGAUGUUGGUAUGGUCGCCCAUCUGUCUGUGCCAAGAAAGUCUGA